UACAAAAACAUAUACAUAUACUCAUAAUUCAUUGUUUUUUAUAUUAAUCAAAAAAAUAUUGACUUCUGAGUUCUUCUAAUCGUGUGAGCAUAGUCAGAGUUCACAUUUCUAAACCCAAUCUAUUUGAAAUAAUAUAUAGAGCUCUCUCAGCAUAUUUUAUAUUAUCAGCCUCCUAUUCGGCACCACACACUCACACACAUGCACACACGCACUCACACACACAGACACACGAGAACAGGAAGUGAGAGAAAAAGAUAGGGACAUGUUCAGGGGAACGUGACAAAAUAAAGGGUUCAGCGGCUACUACUCUUGCGUUGGAUAGACGCGCUCCGGAGCGCCUUUAUGCUUCAAAGGCACUGCCUUUUGGUUGCUCUCUCCUACCUGACAUAAAAGAAGACUUUGGACUGAUUAACUCCAGCUCCAGGAUGGUGAACCUGGAGCCCCCGGCCCGGCAGUAGCCCACAGCGAGUGGGGGAGGGGGGGGCAGAGGUGCGGUCAACAUGGAGCAGGUGGAGGUGGAGCACGGGUACGAGUACACGACCAGGGACGGCCUCCGGGUGGCCAUCCUGCCCCAGGAACGCUACCUUCUGGUCACCAAGACCAGCGACCACUGGUGGCACGUGUGCAAGGACCUGAGCAGCAAGCCUUUCUACAUCCCAGCGCAGUAUGUGAAGGGGUGCGCGUCCCCAGGCGACGGUCCUUGGGGCACGGGGCUCGAUGCCGGGCCUCCGACGGAGAGUCUGGGUGGAAGUGAACCGUUGGAUGAGUCAUCAGGCGUGGGGCCGAUGGGAGGGCCUGCAGGGGAUGCCUGGCCGUCCCCUCUGGAUGAGGAGUUCACGAGCCCUGUGCACCCCAGGACACGAGGAGCAGGAGGAGCAGCAGCAGGAGGAGGAGGAGCAGGAGGAGGAGCAGGAGAAGGAGGAGGAGGAGGAGGAGGAGGAGGA